UCUGAUAUCCCGCCGAGGAGCAUAUCUUAUCAUCAGUUUUCAAAUUUGAGUUCUUCUGUAGUUUGUGACUUUACUUACAUUGUCCCCCGAGUUUCAUUCUCAUCAUCUCUGAUUCUGAGCUCACAACGUUGUACCACCACCACACACUGUUCGGAGCAAACCCUAGAGAUCUUGCAUUGGACUUUCCGGGACGUUCCAAUCCGAUCGCUAAUGGCUUCGCCUGAAUCCACCGCAACUCCUGCCCCAUUGUCAGCGGCCAAGGAGAACACGGCUCCGAUUUCAUCCAAAAUCGCGGAGCUGAACCAGUCAAGAACGGAGCUUCUGAACAGAAUUCAGAGCUUGAAACAGGAUUUGCACAAUUGGAGGUCAAAGCUAGACACGCAAGUGAAGGUCUAUCGCGAUGAGCUUUCUGAACUCAAGAAGACACUCAAUGUUGAAGUGGAGCAACUCCGAACAGAAUUUCAAGAUCUGAGGACAACCCUUCAGCAGCAACAAGAGGAUGUUACUGCUAGUUUAAGAAAUUUGGGGCUAAAUGAUGUUUCUGGAGAUGAUGGGAAAGCAGAGUCAAAGGAGACACAGACUGAAAAAACUGACAAGGAGGAGGAGGUGGCGACCAAGGAGGACGCUGUUAAGUUAUCUGAAAACUAAAUGGGCGUUAUCUGUAUUUGCAAUUAGUAAUGCAUACGCUAAGAGGACAUGAAUGAGUGACACUAUGUGUCUUCACAUUGUUAGUUCUAUGUUGUGUUUGUCGAGUAAGAAUGAGUCCAACCUGUUUGCUGGGGAUAGAACGAGAUUUUAUAAUGCAAUCAAUACUAAGUUCUGCUGUUCUGCCUUCAUUAUAAUGCAAU